GGAAGCCAUUGAGACAUUCUAGAAGCACCGCAAAACCUCCGGAGGCCAAAUGGCACUCUGUCACUUGACCCCUCCACGCUCAUUUCUCUUGGGCUCGUCUCCUUCUUAUUAUAUAUCCAGUCUCAAAUUGAAACCCACAGUCCCUUCUGUCAAAAAGCGCUUCUUCUCCUUCUCAAUCUCAGCAGCAAUGGCUUCUGCUUCUCCUGCUAAGAAGGUUUUGGUUCCGAUUGCCAAUGGCACGGAGCCGAUGGAGGCGGUGAUCACCAUCGACGUUCUGCGUCGAGCUGGAGCCGAUGUUACUGUGGCUUCUGUGGAAAAGCAGCUUCGCGUUGAAGCCUGCCAUGGCGUUAAGAUCAUCGCUGAUGUUUUGAUUUCCGAUUGUAGCAAAGGCGUCUUCGAUCUCAUCACUUUACCCGGGGGCAUGCCAGGUGCUGCCAAUCUUAAGAAUAGUGAGGUUCUGGAAAGCCUGGUGAAGAAGCAGGCCGCAGAUGGGAAGCUCUAUGCCGCGAUCUGUGCUUCACCUGCAGUGGCAUUUGGGUCAUGGGGUGUGUUGAAGGGACUGAAAGCAACUUGCUAUCCAUCAUUUAUGGAUCAGUUAGCAUCUAGCGCAACUACUGUUGAAGCAAGAGUGCAGGUGGAUGGCAAAGCUGUGACUAGUCGUGGACCUGGUACUACCAUGGAGUUUGCUGUUGUGCUGGUUGAACAAUUGUAUGGGAAAGAAAAAGCUGAUGAAGUAUCUGGGCCACUGGUAAUGCGUUCCAACCAUGGGGAUGAAUAUAUCAUAACUGAGCUAAACCCAGUUGAGUGGACUCCCAAUGAUUCCCCAAAGAUUCUUGUACCUAUUGCAAAUGGCACAGAGGAAAUGGAAGCUACUAUGAUCAUUGAUAUUCUACGACGAGCGAAAGCAAAUGUUGUGGUGGCCUCUGUAGAGGAUCAACUAGAAAUUCUUGCUUCUCGCAAAGUUAAACUGGAGGCAGAUGUGCUCCUUGAUGAGGCUGCCAAACUUUCAUAUGACCUAAUUGUUUUGCCUGGUGGACUUGGUGGUGCCCAAGCAUUUGCAAAAUCAGAAAAGCUCGUGAAUAUGUUAAAAAAACAGAGGGAUUCACAAAGACCUUAUGGAGCGAUCUGUGCCUCCCCAGCUCUAGUUUUGGAACCCCAUGGCUUACUCAAGGGCAAAAAGGCCACUGCGUUCCCCGCAAUGUGCGACAAGCUGUCAGAUAAAAGUGAAAUCGAGAACAGGGUAGUGGUUGAUGGCAACCUCAUCACCAGCAGAGGACCAGGAACUUCCAUUGAGUUUGCUCUAGGAAUUGUUGAGAAGUUUUUCGGGCGCAAGAAAGCAAUAGAGCUUGCUAAGGUAAUGCUUUUUGUUCACCCUUAGAGUUUUUCGUUAGCGUAUAAUGUGUACGUCCUUACUUUUGGGACACUACUAGCGAAAGCAGAAAGCUUGAGUCAUAUCUGAGUAUGAAUCCUUUGUGAGGUUAUGUUCAAGAUUUUGUAUAUAAAUAAAUGUGUAAACGACUGAAUUAUGAUAAAGCUAUGGUUAGUAUUUCUAA